AUGAAGCUCGGCACCUUCUCUUCAGUUUUGGCUCUUGCCUCUUGUACGCUAGCUGCCCCAGGCACCGUCAAGCCGCUUCUGAAGCGCAACCCAAGUGGUUCCUUCAGCCUCGUGGCAUAUAGCCUCGAGUCUAGUGCGAUUGAUAUUUUCUAUUCGGACGGGAUCGCUUAUGCUGGCGAUUCAUCGAAGUGGACCUAUGGAUCUGUUACCACUGAUGUCACCUUCGUCAUUCAGGACGCAGAAAUGAUCACAACUGCAACUACUUCCGGUGUGACUCUGGACUCCGACACACUGUUUUACAUUCGUCCCACCGCGGAUGAGGUCCUACCGGUUGGUUUCACUGGAAAUGGUGUCGUUACGCCUUCCGAUGCUGUGUCCACGAAUUUCAUCUUCUACGGCACAUACUUGAUGUGGGAGUAUGAUGAUGGCUCGUUGUCGGACUCUUUCCGCGCCAAGGAAACCAAUGUGACCGGUGUCUACGAGCUGUACUAUGAUUUCUCCAACCUCUAUCCAUCUGGAUAUGAGAUACCAGUUGUGAAGUCAUCAUCUUGA